CUUAUCUGCCAUUAAUUACAUGAAGCAGCAGGACGUUCUGUGAUGGCUGGGGGCUGUCCUUACUUAGUUUGCCUACUGGCCUUGGUCUCCCCCGAUGAUUGUUUCCUGUCUGGUGAUCCUUGCCACUUUGAUGCCACGCCCGUGGGUAGCGCAUUUUCGGGUCACUCGGAAGUGGAUCUGACCACUAACCCCACCUGCCGGUCUGGGAGGGUGGAAUGGCACUACACGUACCCCUACCUGUCGGUGACGUUUGGCGGGGGUGGUCUCCCUUACACGGCCUGUAUCAGACCCACCUACGUCGAUGACGGGUACCAGUUCUACCAGGUCAAGGACGGACAGGAGACCCCCAUACACGGACCCAAUCAGGAGCAAUGGUGGUGCCAAAAAUCGGAUCACACCGGAAACCACGUGACUAUCAAGGUCAAACCAAAGUCAACAUAUUACAUGGACGUGUUUGAUUUCAAAAUGCAGUGAGAGGGGCGAUAAUGUGACAACAACACAACCACACCACAGGGACUUCACAAUUAUUCGAUUCCCAUUUCAUUUAACCGAUUGUUAAAAUACAGUUUAAUCAAAUUUAUUAUGUAUAUUUCUGUAAUAUCUUUAUAUUGAAAUAAUUUGAUCAAGUGUGAAACACAGUAUGCGACGAUUUUUAUAAUAAAGUUGGAGAUGAUGAUAAA